GCUGCCUGCCACUCCACUCGCCAGUCGCGACGGCUAUUCGCCAACGCAGCAGGCCAGCAGCAAAGAUCAAUCCCCCCCGGGUGGCCGGCACCGCUCGCUUGCCUCGCCUCCUCCGCCGCAUUCUUCCAGGGCUCCGUCCGCCGCCACUGCACGAUCCGCCGGCCCGACGACGCGCUCGCUCACCUCGCGUCGUUCACUUUCUUCCCGUACCCAUAACCAUAAGGCCAGACUCGCACCUGCACCCGCACCCGCAUGGCUCUCCGCGCGGCGCCUCCGCUCUGCGCUGCGGGCCGCCUCCCCUCCCCCCGUCUGCCUCGCGCCGGCGGCAGCCGCGUCUUCCGAUCCCUCUCCUCCGCCGCACCCGCGCCGCUACGGACGUCCGCAGUUUGUACCAGAGCACUUUUAAACAGUGAUGGCACCCCUGGGGCGAGCGAUUCUCCACAUGUGGUGUGUUUUGGGGAACUGCUGAUCGACUUCGUCCCGACGAUCAGUGGCGUGUCAUUGGCAGAUGCACCAGCCUUUAAGAAGGCUCCAGGGGGCGCUCCUGCCAAUGUUGCAGUCGGAAUAGCUCGUCUUGGUGGAUCAUCAGCUUUCAUUGGAAAGGUUGGUGAUGAUGAAUUUGGUUACAUGCUAGCCGAUAUACUGAAGGAGAAUAACGUGAACAAUCAAGGAUUGCUGUUUGAUCCUCAUGCUAGAACAGCUUUGGCAUUUGUGACACUUCGAAGUGAUGGUGAACGUGAAUUUAUGUUUUAUCGCAAUCCAAGUGCAGAUAUGCUGCUUGAAGAGAAAGAACUUGACCUCGACCUUAUACGGAAGGCAAAAAUCUUCCACCAUGGGUCAAUAAGUCUGAUAACUGAGCCAUGUAAAACUGCACAUAUUGCAGCUUCAAAAGUUGCUAAAGAUGCCGGGGCAUUAAUUUCAUACGAUCCAAAUUUGAGGCUCCCACUGUGGGCAUCAGCUGAAAGUGCUAGAGAUGGUAUCCUGAGCAUAUGGGAAACUGCUGAUAUCAUCAAGGUAAGUGAAGAUGAGGUUUCCUUUUUGACAAAUGGGGAGGAUCCAUAUGAUGAUUCUGUUGUGAAGAAACUUAUCCAUCCGAACCUGAAGUUGCUCCUUGUCACUGAAGGUGCAGAUGGAUGUAGAUAUUAUUCCAAGGAACUUAGUGGGAGAGUUGGUGGAUUAAAGGUAGCAGCUGUUGACACGACUGGUGCUGGGGAUGCGUUUGUUGCUGGAAUACUGUCCCAGCUAGCGGUGGAUUUUUCAAUCCUUCAGGAUGAAGAUCGACUGAGAGAAGCCCUGAAGUUUGCAAAUGUCUGUGGAGCUCUCACUGUGACAGAGAGAGGAGCAAUCCCUGCAAUGCCCACCCGACAGCAAGUGGCUGAUGCCCUGAUCGAUGUUGUUGCUUAAGUAAGUCACGCACGCUGUUCGGAUCUUGGUUGUUGUAUAAAUAAACGUGAACUGGCAUUAGCCUGUAGAAGUGUAGAGCAUCAUGUUAGAAUAGGUUUAUUCGGCCGUGAGAUUUUGUUCACACUGUUUGGCGCUUUGCCGGUGUAUUCCAGGCCAACGGCCAAAGCAGAUAAUUUGGUGCAAGAUGCGAUUUGCAGUCC